AUGGACAUCAUCUCUUUUCCUGUUAGAUCUGCGAAGCCUCAGUCACUCUUCAGACUCUAUGUUUGGAGAGCGAGCAACGAAGUGUUGAUCGAUGUUGUAAACAUGUUCGCGCUUUUGCGGAAAGAGCAUCUUGCAUGUUAUUCGCUUCUCGAAAUUGAUUACUCAGCAUACAUUCUGUUUUCCUUCCAACUCUACAAUCUACUCUAUUCCUUCGCUUCCCUAACCACUCAGCACUCUCGCAGUAUUGCGUUUUCCCACUUGAAGGAGUAG